UCCUUCUCUUUUCUUUCCUAUUUCCUCCUUCCUUUUCUUUUCUGUGGUGAUAAGGACUUCCCCUCCUUCCUUCUCUUUUCUUUCCUAUUUCCUCCUUCCCUAUCCCUAUUCUGUUUCCUCCUUUCAAUUUCCUCCUUCCCUUUUCAUCCUUUUUUUUUUCUUUUCUUUUCUGAAGAUGUAAAACAUUGUGAUUAGAAUAAUGGCCCAAAGUCUGAGCUGCUCUGGUUUUAUAUUUCUUGCUCUUUCAAUGUCAUCUUUAAACUGGAUGAUGAAUGCCCAACUCGGUGAGUAUCCUCCAAUGGCCAACUUGUCCAGUAGUUCAUGGAUCAACAGAGGCUCCUCCGACAUCAUGAAUACCACUUUCGAAAUGAUGAGACUCCAACCAAUCCUUCUUAGACGAGGAAGCUCUGGCACAAGCUUUGUGUGUGGCUUCUACUGCUACUUGAACGACACUGCUUGCCUCUUCGGUGUCCUCAUCUUCCAAAACACAUCCGAUUACAACACCACCACCACCACCACCACCACCACCACCACCACCUUCGGAAUACAAUAUGCACAACUUGUCUGGUCUGCUAACCGAGAGAACGCUGUUCAAAUUGGUGCUACUUUGAAUCUCACUCAAGAUGGAGAUUUGAUCUUGAGAGAUGAAAACGGCACUUCGAUUUGGUCAACAAACACGGGAGGCUUUCUCGUUUCAGGCCUAAACUUGACGGAAAUGGGGAACCUUGUUCUCUUUGACGGAAAGAACACCCAGGUGUGGCAGUCUUUUGAGCAACCAACAGACUGUUUAGUACCUGGGCAGAUGCUGUAUUCUGGGCUGCAAAAUCUCACCUCUAACAUUUCUUCAACAGAUUGGCGUAGAGGUCAGUAUUCACUCAAACUUAAUAAUCAAGAGUUGGUUGCAUACAUAGGUUCCAAUCCACCACAGUCAUACUAUACUUUCGCGGGUAAUUUCUCUGUAUCAGCAAAAACGAAUCAAACUUAUAUUCAGUUCUCGAAAAACAAAAGCUUCGGUGAAUUUACAUAUCCUGCCUCAUCAGCAGCACAGUUUAUGAAGUUGGAUUCUGAUGGGCAUUUGAGAGUCUAUGAAUGGAAAGAAUUUAAGUGGCAACCGGUGGCCGAUCUUCUCACAGACUUUAUUGAUGGAGAGUGUGGGUAUCCUAUGGUGUGUGGAAAAUAUGGUGUAUGUUCAAAGGGAAAGCAGUGGCUGCAGUGCACUUGUCCUGAAGCAGCCAGCAACGGAAAAACCUAUUUCAGGCGAAAUGUUGAUAGGCAACCGGAUCUUGGAUGCUACAUGACAAAACCGGUUUCUUGCAGUCAUUCUCAGCAGCAUAGUCUUUUUGAGCUCCCGGACACUGAUUAUUUUGGUUUUGCACACAACGAAGAAACAGACUUGGAGAACUGCAAGAACAAAUGUUUGAUGAACUGUUCUUGCAAAGCUGCUGUAUUUCGAAAUCAUUCUGGCUCUCAGACGGGAAAUUGUUCGUUACUGCCUGAAGUUUAUUCCCUCAUAGACAAUGAGAAGGCGCAAAUCAAUGCUUCUGCAUUUAUUAAAGUGCAGAAUUCUCCUAAAAAGAAAAUAGAGCAUGUUGUAAUAAUAGUGUCAAGUGUUGGAGCUUUAGUGGGGAUGUUCCUUAUAAUUGGUACAUGGGUUUUCCUUUACCGAAAGAAACAAAAAUCCAAGGAAGUGGAGGAGGAGGAUUAUCUUGACCAGUUGCCGGGUAUUGCUACUAGAUUUUCUUAUGAAAAUGUGAAAGCCAUGACCAAGAAUUUCAGUCGCAAGCUUGGGGAAGGAGGAUUUGGUUCAGUCUAUGAAGGGAUGUUGAGCAAUGGCACAAAAGUUGCAGUGAAGGAUCUUGAUGGGAUAGGUGUAGUAAAGAAGUCAUUCUUAGCUGAAGUUGAGUCGAUAGGCAGCAUUCACCAUAUCAAUUUGGUUAGGCUGAUUGGAUUUUGUGCUGAGAAAUCAUAUAGGCUUCUGGUUUACGAGUACAUGAGUAACAGUUCCUUAAAUAAGUGGAUAUUUCCUAAAACACGGGUGGUUUCUCUUCGAUGGCAAUGCAGAAGGAAGAUUAUCUUUGACAUAGCCAAGGGACUAGCCUAUCUCCAUGAAGAGUGCAGGCAGAAAAUAUAUCACUUGGAUAUCAAGCCCCAAAACAUCCUUUUAGAUGAGAAUUUCAAUGCGAAAGUUGCUGAUUUUGGGUUGUCAAAGCUCAUUGACAAGGACCAAAGCCAAGUUGUUACAACAAUGAAGGGAACACCGGGCUACAUGGCUCCUGAAUGGUUAAGCUCCAUUAUCACGGAGAAAGUAGAUGUUUACAGUUUUGGGGUUGUGGUUCUUGAAAUCUUAUGUGGGAGGAAAAAUUUGGAUAGAUCUCAGCCUGAGGAAGAAAUGCAUCUGCUAAGUCUUUUCAAGAGAAAAGCAGAAGAGGAACAACUUAAAUACAUCAUUGAUAAGUACAGCGAGAAUAUGCAGCUACACCGUGAAGAAGUUGUGGAGAUGAUGAGGCUUGCUGCAUGGUGUCUUCAAAGUGAUUUCACCAUGAGGCCUUCCAUGUCAGUGGUGGUUAAGGUCUUGGAGGGUUUGGUGGAUGUCAAAAACAACUUAGACUAUAACUUCAUGAUUCUGCCCAUACGAGGAACAGAAGCAGCUGUUCAUCAUAUGGAGGAAGACACCGGUCGCGCUUCUACUCCAUUACUGCCAUCAACUUUAUCAGGACCAAGGUAAUGAAAAGAGACUUCCAGACAAUGAUUCAUGCAAGGAAAGUGUUAUUCAGGAAAAAGAAAAGUGUGAAGAAGGCUGAAUGUAAGGUUUUCAUUUAUGAUUUCAAACAUUGUAUUUUUUAAAGGCAGAAGAUUUGGGAUGAUUUAGAAUGCUUUUCUUUAAAUAA